GUCCUCACAGGUAGCUGCGUGACGUGGUGAGGAAGCUGGAACACGCUGGCUGUUGGGUCAUAACAUUUAGCAGCCGCGUUGUCAAUUUGAAGGAUCUUCGCUCUUUUUUUUCUCAGGAAGACCCAUCCGCUCAUCAUCAGCUGGAAACGGCACGAUGAGCGUCGGGUUCAUAGGAGCAGGCCAGCUGGCGCAGGCUCUGGUGAGAGGCUUCUCGGCUGCAGGCGUGAUUGCCACCCACAGAAUCACAGCGAGCUCUCCAGACACUGAGCUCCCCACGGUGCAGCAGCUGCGGAAGUUGGGUGUCAACUUCACCACCAGCAACAAGGAGACGGUGAGCAGAUGCGAUGUCCUCUUCCUGGCCGUGAAGCCCCACAUCAUCCCUUUUGUUCUGGACGAGAUCGGUCCAGAUAUCGAAGACCGUCACCUCAUUGUGUCCUGCGCUGCAGGCGUUACUAUCAGCUCCAUAGAGAAGAAACUGCAGCAGUACCGCAAUUCGCCAAAGGUGAUGCGCUGCAUGACCAACACUCCAGUGGUGGUGCGUGAAGGGGCCACGGUCUACGCCACGGGCACGCAUGCGGAGGUGGAGGACGGCAAGCUUCUGGAACAGCUGAUGGCGAGCGUUGGCUACUGCACCGAGGUGGAGGAGGACCUGAUCGACGCCGUCACCGGCCUGAGCGGCAGUGGGCCCGCUUACGCAUUCCUAGCUGUGGAUGCUCUUGCCGACGGUGGAGUGAAAAUGGGUCUGCCCAGGAGGCUGGCUGUACGCCUCGGAGCACAAGCCCUGCUGGGGGCCGCUCGAAUGUUGUUGGACUCAGAGCAACACCCUGGACAGCUUAAAGACAACGUUUGCUCACCAGGGGGCGCCACCAUCCACGCCCUCCAUGUCAUGGAGAGUGGGGGCUUCCGAAGCCUCCUCAUCAAUGCUGUAGAGGCGUCCUGUAUAAGAACGAGGGAGCUCCAGUUUUUGGCUGACCAAGAGAAGAUCUCCCCUGCUGCCAUCAAGAAAACCACCCUGGAUCAAGUUCUUCAGCAGCCAGGAGUCAGCGCAGAAGCCGUCGGUGUCAGAACUCGUGGGAUCAGUGUUUUUAACAGCACUAACCCCAGAUUUAAGAAGAACUGAGUUCUUUUUAGAUAGCCCUUUUGCUGCAGUGUAUGCAUUAUGGAGAGACCACUGUUUGAGAACAGCCAUAACUUCGAUCGCUGUAGAAUUGUCACUUCAUGGAGAUUAAAUCUGAUUUAUUUAGGUCAAUGCCUGGCUAAAGGAAAGGAUAUGUGAGCAACAAGAUUUGUGGGAAUUUGUUUUCUGAAUUGAUUAAAUAAAGUUGACUUUAUAGUUUGAGAUAUUGUGGGGAAACUUUGAUAGUCUUGUUGACUUUGAUAUUAUUGUACAUUUUACUGGGUAACCAAAUGGCUUUAUAAAGAUUAUUCUUGUAUUAAAACUGCUUUUUUUUCAUAAAGUUGUGCCUAUAUUAAUGUAAAAAAA